GUAAAGUGUUAAAAGACAUUAAGACACUUAUGUUAUUGUUAUUAUCAUCAAUUUUUCCAAAAACACACACACUUUCUCCUCUCCUUCAUUGAAGCUUCUUCUUCUUCUUCAAUGGCUAUUUUAACCACUGCUUUUCUUGUCUUUCUGUUCAUAUUUGGAGUUAUUUCAACUCUUUUUCAAAUACCCACAAAGAAAGUUGCUACUUUAUUUGGGUUUGAAUCUUCUUCAUCCAAUCAAGAUUCAAGAGAUCAAGAUUUGUCGAAGAAGCGAAUAACCGAAGAACCGAAGAAGGUGAUGAACAAGAAGGGGAGUGUAAGUGUUGGUUGUGAGUCAAGGGAAAGGAAGGCUGAGUUGAAGAGUGUGUUUGCCACUUUUGACAAGAAUAGAGAUGGGUUUAUAACUAAACAAGAGUUGAGUGAUUCACUAAAGAAUAUUGGGAUCUCAACAAGUGAAAAGGAUGUGUUGGAAAUGGUGCAAAGGGUUGAUGUGAAUGGCGAUGGGUUGAUCGAUUUCGAUGAGUUUUGUGAGCUUUUUGAGAUGAUGAUGAGGGGAGAAGAUGAAGAGGGGAGGAAGAUUGGUGGUGGUGAUGGGAAUUUUGAUCAUGAAGAUGGUGAUUUGAGAGAUGCUUUUAAUGUGUUUGAUGGGGAUAAGAAUGGGCUUAUUAGUGUUGAAGAAUUGGGAUUGGUUUUGGAUUCAUUGGGGUUUAAAGAAGGUAAGAAGUUGGAGGAUUGUAAGAUGAUGAUUAGCAAAGUUGAUAUUGAUGGUGAUGGGAUGAUCAAUUUUCAUGAGUUUAAGAACAUGAUGAAGAAUGGUGUUAGUCUUAUUUCGGUGUCUUGAUUCGUGUUUACCUAGCAAAAGAUGAAACGACUUGAAGGUUUUUUUUCGCAUUAAGAUAACAGACGUUAUACCAGUAUAACGAAGAAGAAAAAUCUUAUGGUUUUUUAGGAUUAAGGUCAACACGCGUUGUACCAAUGUAACACACACGUUAAGGUAUUUGAUGCUUGGAAAUGUAUAGAAUUUAGUUUUUGACUUCAUUUUUCUCAUUUGUGUCUUUAGUGAUUUAAAUGUCAUGGUACUAGUUAUGUUGCAACUAGAAAGUAGUUUAAAUGUAGUUCAAUUGAUCAAUGGUUUUUAUGUUAGUUUAUGGAUUGAUAAUUGUGUUACUAA